AUGGCAACCCAGGCGCACUGCGCAUUCUGCUUCGAGUGCUUAUCGGCCAACUUCGAGCAUCGGCAACCUCUGGCGCUAGCACAAGUAGAAGAGCUAUGGGACCAGUACCAAGACAGCAUCAACCCGAAGGCAGAGACAGAAAGCGAGGUGGUGGACGUCGAAGAUGAAGAGGAUGCCGAGAUGACUGACGCGGACAUCGAGGAGCCUCCGCCAUCUGCCAAACCCGCUGCGAUAUCACGACUGCUCAAUCGCAAUCGAGAUGCUAGCGCUGGGAGCUCGUCCAGUAGCCUACAGUCAAAUCAAUCGGGAACUUCGUCAGUGCAAAAGAGCAGCGGUUCGGGUGCGGAAACGCCUGCCAGCUCAACAAGCUCGCUGACCUCGAGAACAUCCUCUGCAUCAAGAAGAAGACAGGACAAACCAGGAGAAUACCCACUGUUCGUCACAUGGAAUACCAUAAGCAGGAGCGGCUACAAGAGCCUGCGAGGAUGCAUCGGCACAUUUGAGGCGCAGGGGCUCGAGUACGGCUUGCGAAGCUAUGCCCUCACGAGCGCCUUUGAGGACGUCCGCUUCCAGCCGAUACCAGCCAGCUUGCUACCCUCACUCAGCAAUCACGUAACUCUCCUCACCGACUUCUCGCAGCCCACUAAGGACCCUCUGGACUGGACACUCGGCGUACACGGUAUCAGGAUCUCCUUCUCAUACCACAUGCGGCGGUACGGUGCCACGUACCUUCCGGACGUAGCCAAGGAGCAAGGCUGGACGAAGGAUGAGACGCUCGUCUCGCUAAUGAGAAAGGCGGGCUGGAGCGGAAGCAGUAGAGACUGGCAGAAGGUAUGGCGAGACGGCAAGGGUGAGCUCGUAAGGUACGAAGGCAAGCAGAUUGGGCUCAAGUACGACGAGUGGAAGGCUUGGAAGACGUGGGCGGAGAAGGAGGGAGUAAAGUCCAAGGCUUUGAACUGA